CUCAAAGACAGCCACAGAACAGGCCCUUCCAGCCUGCUUUUGGCGCUUUGACUGGCUGUAGGACCCCAGGCGCAGAUUUCGCAUCGAGAGCAUAGCAGCAAUUGAGCCCUACCGUACUGCAUGUUCAAGCCAAGCCAAGAAGGCGACCUGGGAUGUUGCCCGCAACCACCCUUAUGUGACUCACGUGCAGGGCGAAAGCGAAAUAAGAAAGAGCCCGUGUGUAGCGGUGCAUACACGUUAAGAUAGCCCGCAAACCUCAAAGCGCGCCGUGGCCUCUGCACGAGUGACCCUCACUCGUUCUUGCAGGACCUCUUGAGCAGCAACAGGGAAACCGGUGCGCAGCCGCGCCCUCGCCCAUUGUCGUUCUGCAGCAUUCGAGUACAACUGGCUAUUGAGGGUUCGGGCGUGGGCAGCACGCGUGCCGCUGGUCGUCUUGCAGUUAAAUCGUCGGCGCAUGGGGCCCGCAGGGCCACGGGGGCACCAAACUUUCGAUCUGUUAACCACCAUUCGCUCUUGUUUAUGCACAUAUAGCCAUACUUACUUACCCCAACGUCACCACAGCGCAAUUGCUGCAUACUUGCUCAUUCGUGAAGGGCCGCAGGGUUAUCCCCGACUUUGCCGAACCUAAGUUCAACCCGCGCAACACCUCACUCACAAAACCAGCAAAUAUGAGAGCUCUGUGCUGCAUUGUUGAGGCCACCUCGCUAGCCAAAAGCACGAAAGCGCUGGCUGCGGCGUCUUUUCACGCGGUCGACGACGCCGGAGAGCUUGUGGCAUUCUGCGAGCAGGUGUUGCCUCAAGUCUUUUCGCUUGUUGAGCAGGCGCCGAGCGCAGAGGAGGACGCGGUUGCAGACUGCUUGCAGGGCGUGUCGGGCUCGCUGCAGCAGCUUCAGGCCUCCCUCAUCGCGCUGGCCGAAUACCAGGGCGAGGGCAUUCUGGGUGUGCUUAUGGAGCACCCCGCCGCAUGGCUGGACUUGUACCGCGGCUUCCGCGUCCUCACGGCGCAGCUCGGCUGCCUGAGCAACCUGAUUCGAUCCUGCAGCAGCCAUCGCCGCCAGGCGGACGCCGUCGAAAGUGCCCAGAGUGCGCUGGAGGAGUCCCUCAGGUCGCUCUUGGCCAUCUGUGCGCGUGCCAAGGACGCCGCCCUCCUGCUCGGCUCCGACCUCCCGGACUUUGCCCGUGCCGCCGCCGAGGCUGGCUGGAACUCGAAUUGCCUGGCUACCGCGCUCAGCGCUCAGUCCUCACCCGCCGCGUGCUCCAUCCCGUCUUCGUCUUGCAUCACGAGUGCCAGCAGCACUGCCUACGGCGCGCUCUGCGCCUCCUCACCCGAGUCCGCCGCGGCAGCGGCCGCCGCGGCGCUGUCAACAGCAGCGGCUGCUGCGGAGGAGGCCGACGCCUCAGCGUCAGGCGCUGCCGCGCAGGGUGGGCUGGCUCGGGGGCUGCGCAAGCUGAUAGGCCGCAGCUCUCGCAACUCAGCCGGAAUCACCCCUAGCUGCUCGCCACGCUGCGUGGCGUCGCCGUGUGGCUCCGCCACUGCCAACGGCGGCACCGGCGGCGCUGGCCUGGGCCCCGCCGCCUGCACCCUGGUGUCCCGGAUCCAGGAUUCCAUCUUGUACGACAGCGAGAUGGAUCAGCUGGAACAGGAUCGUGCCUACCUGCUUCAUAGGAUCCAGGGCAUGCGCGACUUCCUCGCCAGCCUGUCGGCAUCGGCAUCAUCACCCCCUUCGUCUUCACCCGCAUCGCCGUCGGCAGCGGCGUCUUGCCGCGCCGCGGAGCAGGCGGCGGCGGCGGCGUCGCUGUUGCAGAGCGAGGUGCUGCUGGCGGCGGUGGACGCGCGUGUGGCGGUCAUGCGCGAGCUGGAGGAGUUGCAGACCUCCACUGCCUCCUCCUAUUUCCGAUCGGCCGCCGCCAAGGCUGUGGCAACGGCCGCCUGCAGCGGCGGCACCAUCCCCAACGCCACGACGGCGCGAUGUGACACCCCCAAGCUGUCGCCUGCUGGCUCGCUCGGGCUGUCAGAGGCGGAGGACCUUGGGCAGGUGCUGCGCAAGCGGCGUAGCCUGCGCUGGCUGCCGACGUGCUUUGUGGGCGCUUGAAGGGCGUGCUGCUCUGUUAUACAUGGAUACUUUUCGGGACUCGGAAGUUUGAGGCACCUCUUGUGUGAUCGAGGGGUACCGGCCAGCGCGGUUGGCGGUGUUCUGUGUUGUAGCAUGUAUUAAUAUAAUCGCCACAUGGAUAAUGCGGCAUAGCGUGCCCAGUACAUAACUUGACAUGGGUGAGCUUGAUGGGACAGGUGAUCGGACUGGCGCAAGCUUCAGAUGGACACUGACGGCAGCGGUGCCGAGUAGUUUUUGUUGUUGCAUUUGUAAAUUUGCUGAUGCGACUCGGUACUGGGCCAUUUUUGGUUGCCUGUGUGUGGGUGGUUACGAAUGGACAGGCUGAGCCGCUGAGGUGUUGGGCGCGCACGUGGGGUGCCCAUCAAAACCCUGGUUAGCAAGUGGUUUCGCCACGGCCUGCAGCCAACACCACUGUGCGGACCGCAGCACGUUGAGUAGCAUUGGUUGGCGCCUUCUCGGCGCGUGGAGAGGGACUGAGCGCAUUGUUUUUUACGGUUUUACGUGUCCGCGACAGCCUUGGCGUGGUCGGGCGUGUGCUUAGUAGACGCCCGCGUCAAGGUGGCUGGGUUGAUAACGACCCGGGAUCAGCCCUUUUCCUGCCAUAAGGCAGCCACCUCCUUGUUACGGUUUGUGUGAGAGUAGCGGGGGUGCAACGCAGCAGGAGCAAGCAGAUUUGACAUUGCGUAUGUUGGCAUGUACGGUCAGUCGCACGGUGUACUAAAAUAGCAUGCGGUAUCAAUUCUUGAUGAACAAGUGGUGUCGGGUUGCAAGGAUUGGGGAACGGAACCCCAUGUACAUAAUCGAAUGACCGGGUGCGGCACGGCCUGAAGGCCUGCCCUGAACUGAUUAUCGUGCACAUCACGACUUGUCCUCAGUGCCGCUGCUAGAGGUUGGCAGGCCAUGUAGACAGGUGUAACUCGUCUGCAAUCCUGUUAUACUCUCCGCUUGCCUCAGUAAUGCCUCCCCUGGUGUACCUGCAGUCAGAUCCCAGGACCGCGCAGCAGCGGCAUGUUACAUCAUUCAUUCAUUUGUCUGUGGGUUACUGCGCCUGGCAAUCACCUCCUUGCGCAGUGGGAGGGGCGAUAGUGGGUUGUGCUUGUGUGCUGGAGGGUGCCCAUCAGAACUUCCAUCCUGGCCAGCGCAGGUUACUGUGCACUUGAGCAUGGAGGGUGCCGACAGAGGCUGGUCAGCCUGCUCUAGGACCGCAAAGUGCAGACGGCUCUCACAGACGCGGAUGCGAUCGAACAGGGCGAGGGGCAGGGUGGCACAGCUCCGAGAGGCCGUGGCCACGAGGCGGGUCGAACGCCGGAGAGAACUGUACCGACAAGUC